AAAUUUGCUACGGGACACCGUUAUUCUUCGGUCUUUGCUAAAACACACUAGUAAAACGUGUCUUUGCCUAGUACCAUUAUAAUUUUGAAUACGUUUGCUGAAACACACCACAUGACCCAAAACGGAAAUAUUUAUUUUUUUAUUGCAAAAUUACCAGAUUAUUGAGAAUUAAACCGGUUUUCCUUCUCAUCUAGUUAGACAAAAGAAAAAAACCAACCAGACUUUGGUUUUAAUUCCAUACGGGUAGGGAUGAAGGGGAGGAAGCCCUGCAUCUGUAUCAGCUACGAGCCCUAGUGAGAUUUACGAACCGCCGUCCUCCAUCUUGCCGGCCGCCGCCGGCGAGCACGCGUACGUCGUCCCCGACGACACCUCUGUACCUGGAUCGUCCCCGACGACACCUCUGUAUCUGCAUCGUCCGCGCCUCACGUCCACACCAUCGGCGACCGGCCGAAGAGACGCAAGGUGCCGCGCCGUCCAGGAGGGGUCCGGGGACCGGCGCCCUCGGCCGCACUCGCCGGCGCCCUCGCGUUCGACAACAAUCUGCUGGCAGCCAUGGAUGGCGACACAGCCUGGGUGCCCGAAGGGAUGGAUUGUAGUUCAGCUACCAGAAUUGAUGUCCGGGUGUGUGCAUAUGCUGAAUUUUGCGAUAAUGGCACACAAGUAUGGCAUCCAACUAGAGAUGAACUGAAAGUUGUAGACAGGGAUUGUGUCAAUUUCAAAGAUUUCAGCGAAGAACUUGAUCAAGAAAUAAAUCAUGGGCUAAGUCAGAAGUUGUUAAUCACUUAUUGGGAUAAAGUUAGGCAGUCUUUUGCAGAAAUCAACCAUGACACUUUGUUGUUGACUGCGAUACACAUGUAUUGGGAUGAAAGGAGGCUUCCUAUUAUGGUUUCCGUUGUUUCCAAAGGGGAUAGUUCUACAUCUUCUUGUGCGCCACAUCUAACUGAUCCCUUAAUUCAAGUUGAUAAACCAGAACAUCAGCCUCAUAAUGACCAUGAGUCUUCUAGCAGCGACGAACCACCUGUUUUUGAUGAUUGGGUUGAUGCGGAAGUUGAGUAUGUUGGCGUAGAUGAUGAGUGUGAAUACAAAGAGUUGCUAACUGACUCUGAUGAAUCUAACUUAGAUGAUGGGUAUGAUUCCGGUGAGUCAUUUCAUGAUGACCUAGUUGUGGAUGACACAGUUGGGUGUGAGACCAUUGUCCAUGUGACAGAUUUUGAGAACCCCAAAAUUGAAGUUGGUGUUACAUUUGAAGAUGGUAAAUGCUUUAAGAAAGCAAUUAGGCAAUUGCAGUAAAGGCUGAAUAUGAAAUUGCAGCUCCAUAUUCCGAGGCAACAAGGUACAGGGGCCGAUGACAGAUAGGCAGCAGUGGCCGAAGGUAGACCCUGGCUUUAAACUUUGGCCCCCUAUUCUAAAACGUGCAGCUGGAAGGCCAAGGACAAGAAGAUACAAAGGAUGGGAAGAAGGGGGAAAGGGACGCAGAACUGUCACGUGCAAACGUUGCCAUCAAAAGGGCCACAUGAAGAAAACUUGCAAUGAGACCGUUCUUGAUCCGAAUGCACCUCCACCUGCACCACCUAAACCGAAGAGAGUAAGGAAAAGGAGCAAGAAAGCAGUUGAAGUUCAACCACAAUCUAAACAGACUGAAGCACCAUCUACACACAUUGAAUCAUCAUCUCUGGAUAUUAAUACUACACCCUCGAAGGCUCAGGCUCCAUCCAUGGAUAUUAGUAGCCCAAUGACACGGAGCCGUAAGCGGCAAUUAGAUCUUGAUUCUGCGGCUAUACAAGGAAUGUGCACACCAACAAAACAACUUGCUUGUACCGAUGAUACCAACAAUAGCCCCAUGACAAGAAGCCGCAAGAAACAAUCGGGGUUGGAGGCAGCUAAGUCGAAAGUUCCUGCUAAGCCUAAAGUCAUGAAGAAAACAACUCGCAAGUUGGAGGUCAAAAGAGCCAAAAAGUAAAGCUCAAUAUGAUUUGCCAUAUGUAAUAGAGCGAAUAUAUACACGAUCUGUUACUUUUGCUAGUUGAACUCAUAUAGGAUAUAUACACGAUGUGUUACUUUUGCUAGUUGAACUCAUAUGGGAUAUAUACACGAUCUGUUACUUUUGCCCCACAGCAUGUUGAGUCUGGAACCAUGUCAAUCUGCUCGGUUAUGUUCAAAACCAUGUCAAUCUGCUCGGAUAUGUUCAACCUCUGAAUUUAUGGGAUGUGUUGAGCAUUUUAAA